AUGGAUGAGCGCAAGAGAGAUUCGAACAAUUCUCCUUCAUCUCAUGCUCUUGAGAACGAUCGCGCAAAGCGCGUGAACACUGAAGGCUCAUCCAACGCCGUCGCCUCUACAAAGAAACAAGAUGACCAUCGCAUCAUUCAGCACCCAGGGUCGUAUCAUAUCUAUCAACCUUUGAUCACGAAUGAACAGUGGAAUGGCAUAGUUGGCCCUAAGAUACCACUGGACCACGGAAGUUUUGCAUCAGACCCGAACAGCGACACUGAGUCUCCUUGGUCGCAAACUUCAGUACGUCAGUUGACGCAAAUUAUGACACAUUCUGUCUUCCGGGGUAAUAUGAGCCAUUUGGCUACCGUCAUCCAAUAUGCUAUCAUCCUGCGAACAGAUGACCGAAGACCUUGGGUAAUGGCGAUUCGAAACCCAACGAGUGGCGGCACGCUGGCCCGGUUGAAGAAUUGCAUGAAUGAUAGACUGGGAGCCGAUGGGAUGCUUCAAGACCCGGUAUCGUUCCUCCAUUAUCUUUCUGCACCAUUGCCUAUGGCAGAAAAAUCUGCCUUGUUGGACGUGAUGUGGUCUCUCAAACGUAUCAUCAAAUUCCCUUCAACAGACACUCCUGGAACCCUGUACCACUUUGGUGAUCCUGUCUAUCACGUUACAGCAACCGACAUCAAGAACGUCCAACUUGCGAUUGACAACUCUAACUGGGAUGGAAUACCUCGAUUUCCCCGUACAAGCCAAUGCCAUCGGCUCUUUAUGCAGAGGUCUGAUAAGCCAGAAGGUGGGCCAGAUUUCGACCAACUCGCUGAGUUCUACUGUCGAGCAUGGCACUUCGAGCAGCGGGAAAUUGCUGAGUCUUCUAUUGGUCGAAGUUGA